AUGACUAUGCUGGCAUUGGGGAAUCAGUCGGCAGUUACCAGGUUUACUGUGCAGUGCUUUUCGGACAAACAAGAUCUACAGACCCCUCUUUUUACAGUGUUUCUUCUUGCCUUCCUCAUAAUUCUUAUUGGAAACAUAAUUGUUAUUGCAACUAUUACCCUUAGUGCCCAGUUGCACAAACCCAUGUACAUGUUCCUGGGAAGCCUCUCCUUCCUGGAUAUCUCCUCCACCUCAACCAUUCUCCCCAAACUAUUAGCCAUGCUGCACACACAAGACAAGACCAUAUCAUUCUCAGGGUGCAUGGUUCAGUUAUAUUUCUUCAUGGCAUUUGCUUGCAUUGAAUUUAUUCUCCUUUCUGCAAUGUCCUAUGACCGCUAUGUGGCAAUUUGUUACCCACUUCACUAUGCUUUACGUAUGAGCCUAAAACACUGUGCUAAGAUUAUACUUGGUGUGUGGGCUGCGGGCCUUCUGGACCCAGUGAUACAUACUCUGCUAACAGCCAACUUGUCUUUUUGUUCAUCCAAUCACAUUAAUCAUUUCUUCUGUGAUCUCACACCAUUGCUAAAGCUUUCCUGCAGUGACACCUCCCCUAUAGAGAUGAUUACUUAUAUUUAUGGGGUGAUUGUAGUUAUUAGCACAUUUACAAUAACCUCAGUUUCCUAUGUUUUCAUACUCUAUAAAAUACUGAAGAUUCAUUCAUCACAGGGGCAGAAAAAGGCCUUUUCUACCUGCACCUCCCACCUCACUUGUGUUAUCAUCUUUUAUGGGACCAUCAUCUGUUUGUACAUGAGACCAACCAAAUCCAUCAGUCCAAACCAGGACACAUUUGCUCUCCUGUAUGUUGUGUUAGUCCCUGUGCUAAACCCUUUCAUUUAUACUCUGAAAAAUAAGGAAUUUAAAGAUAAUUUGUGGAAAAUGAAAACUAGAAUUUCUUCCAAUUUGAUUAGUGUUAAAUGCACAAUGAAAUCACUAAGCAGACUUAUUAACUGUGGUUGCAAAGCUUAG